CCCAAGCGGCCCAGUGAUUCAUUUUGUGCGGCACACGGGACUUUUUUGUAGAAAAUGGCCAAAGUGGACAUGCUGCGUCUGCUCAUCAACCAGCGCAUGGCCGAGGUGGCGGAGGAGAUCCUGGCCGUGUUCGGCAGCACCAUCGCCGAGUUGGAGCGGGAGCUGUGCUGCUCCAGGCGGGAGAUCCAGCGGCAGCGGCGGCUUCUGCAAGUCUCCUUCAGCGCAGCGCCCAGCGAGCCACAUGAUUGGACGGCCGGUCUGAACCUGGAAGUUCAUGUCCCGCCGGCCGUCAAAGAGGAGGAGCCCCAGCAGGAAGACACUCCUCCGGGUUCCGAGCCCGAAGUCGCCGUGUUCCUGAGUGGCGACUUAGAGGAGUGGCCUGACGACGUCUGCGGUGCGUCGCCGCUCUCCGACCGCCACAACGCGGAGGACUCCGACUCAGACCCCCAGCCGGGGACAUCGAUGCAGGCCGCCCGCGCACGUGCCGGUCCACGCGGGCGGCGAAAACCUCGGUCCAAGGCCGUGCGGGACCACAGCAUGAAGGACAAAGCUGACAAGUCGUACACGUGCGGCAUCUGCGGCAAGAGACUGACCCGCUUCGACGGCUACCAGAAACACCUGCGCGUGCACACGGGGGAAAAACCGUACGGCUGUGAUGAUUGCGGGCGGCGCUUCAGCGACAACUCCAACUACAAGCGACACAUUCGGAGACACAAAAGUCAGACGCCUCAAGACGGCGUCCUCACACACCUGCGCUACAACAAGUGACCACUAGAUGGGGCUGGGUCCUCAUCGUGCUACCUCAGUGACCGCCCACCUCAGACCGCACCCGGUCCGGACGCCAGGAACCCCAAAUCUGCCUCCGCACCAAAAUAUUCAGAUGCGUGCAACCUUCCCGCAAUUUGGGGUGGAACCCCGCCUCACGUCACGCCCCCCACUUGACCUUAUAAGGUAACGUCGCUCAGGAACCGCUAACGGAAACUGUCGGAAUCAUGGUGUGCUGGGACUGCACGAUUCAGAGACAAGACCUAACUACCACUUUUCUCUCCAGCAUUGCGAUUCCAUUUGGGGUUUUUGUAUAUUUUUUACAUAGGAGUCAAGUAGUCGCCAUCCAGUGGACAACAUGAGUAACUCAGUUGGAAGUGUGUUUACUUGAAAAUAUGUGCACAGCAUUAACUUAUAUGACCCAAUCUAAACAACCUACCCUAGUCAUGGCGCAGGAAAGAAAAAUCAACUAAUCUGGUCACACAACCUGCCCACUGAACUUUGUGGAUUAUAAAAAUGUGACAACAUGAGUAACUUAGUUUGAAGUAUGUUUUCUUGAAAAUGUGUGCACAGCAUUUACCUAUAUGACCCAAUCUAAACAACCUUCCCUAGUCAUGGCGCAGGGAAGAAAAUGAACUAAUCUGGUCACACAAAACACAACCUGCCCACUGAACUUUGUGGAUUAUUGAGAGAAAAAAACAUAACAUGAGUAACUCAGUUUAAAGUGUGUUUACUUGAAAAUGUGUGCACAGCAUUAACUUAUGUGACCCAAUCCAAACAACCUUCCUUAGUCAUGGCGCAGGAAAGAAAAAUCAAUUAAUCUGGUCACACAACCUGCCCACUGAACUUUGUGGAUUAUAAAAAACGUGACACCAUGAGUAACUUAGUUUGAAGUAUGUUUUCUUGAAAAUGUGUGCACAGCAUUUACUUGUAUGACCCAAUCCAAACAACCUACCCUAGUCAUGGCGCAGGAAAGAAAAAUCAACUAAUCUGGUCACACAACCUGCCCACUGAACUUUGUGGAUUAUAAAAAACGUGACAACAUGAGUAACUCAGUUUGAAGUAUGUUUACUUGAAAAUGUGUGCACAGCAUUAACUUAUAUGACCCAAUCCAAACAACCUUCCUUAGUCAUGGUGCAGGAAAGAAAAAUCAAUUAAUCUGGUCACACAACCUGCCCACUGAACUUUGUGUAUUAUUGAGAGAAAAAACAUAACAUGAGUAACUCAGUUUAAAGUGAGUUUACUUGAAAAUGUGUGCACAGCAUUCACUUAUAUGACCCAAUCCAAACAACCUUCCCGAGUCAUGGCGCAGGGAAGAAAAUGAACUAAUCUGGUCACACAAAACACAACCUGCCCACUGAACUUUGUGUAUUAUUGAGAGAAAAAAACAUAACAUGAGUAACUCAGUUUAAAGUGUGUUUACUUGAAAAUGUGUGCACAGCAUUAAUUUAUAUGACCCAAUCCAAACAACCUUCCUUAGUCAUGGCGCAGGAAAGAAAAAUCAAUUAAUCUGGUCACACAGCCUGCCCACUGAACUUUGUGGAUUAUAAAAAACGUGACACCAUGAGUAACUCAGUUUGAAGUAUGUUUUCUUGAAAAUGUGUGCACAGCAUUUACCUGUAUGACCCAAUCCAAACAACCUUCCCUAGUCAUGGCGCAGGGAAGAAAAUGAACUAAUCUGGCCACACAAAACACAACCUGCCCCCUGAACUUUGUGUAUUAUUGAGAGAGAAAAACAUAACAUGAGUAACUCAGUUUAAAGUGUGUUUACUUGAAAAUGUGUGCACAGCAUUAACUUAUACGACCCAAUCCAAACAACCUUCCUUAGUCAUGUUGCAGGAAAGAAAAAUCAAUUAAUCUGGUCACACAACCUGCCCACUGAACAUUGUGGAUUAUAAAAAACGUGACACCAUGAGUAACUUAGUUUGAAGUAUGUUUUCUUGAAAAUGUGUGCACAGCAUUUACUUGUAUGACCCAAUCCAAACAACCUACCCUAGUCAUGGCGCAGGAAAGAAAAAUCAACUAAUCUGGUCACACAACCUGCCCACUGAACUUUGUGGAUUAUAAAAAUGUGACAACAUGAGUAACAUAGUUUGAAGUAUGUUUUCUUGAAAAUGUGUGCACAGCAUUUACCUAUAUGACCCAAUCCAAACAACCUUCCCUAGUCAUGGCGCAGGGAAGAAAAUGAACUAAUCUGGUCACACAAAACACAACCUGCCCACUGAACUUUGUGUAUUAUUGAGAGAAAAAACAUAACAUGAGUAACUCAGUUUAAAGUGUGUUUACUUGAAAAUGUGUGAACAGCAUUCACUUAUAUGACCCAAUCCAAACAACCUUCCCUAGUCAUGGCGCAGGAAAGAAAAAUCAACUAAUCUGGUCACACAACCUGCCCACUGAACUUUGUGGAUUAUAAAAAACGUGACAACAUGAGUAACUUAGUUUGAAGUAUGUUUUCUUGAAAAUGUGUGCACAGCAUUUACCUGUAUGACCCAAUCCAAACAACCUUCCCUAGUCAUGGCGCGGGGGAAAAAAUCUACUAAUCUGGUCAUACAACCUGCCCACUGAAUUUUGUGGAUUAUAAAAAAACAUAACAUGAGUAACUCAGUUUGAAGUAUGUUUUCUUGAAAAUGUGUGCACAGCAUUUACCCAUAUGACCCAAUCCAAACAACCUUCCCUAGUCAUGGCGGAGAAAGAAAAAUCAACUAAUCUGGUCAUACAUAACACAACCUGCCCACUGAACUUUGGGGAUGAUUAAAAAAAAUGUAACAAAGUGAGUAUCUCAGUUUGAAGUAUGUUUUCUUAAAAAUGUGUGCACAGCAUUUACUUAAAUGACCCAAUCCAAACAACAUUCCCUAGUCAUGGCGCAGGAAAGAAAAAUCUACUAAUCUGGUCACACAACCUUGCCCACUGAACUUUGUGGAUGAUAACAAAAAAAAAUGGUAACAAAGGGAGUAUCUCAGUUUGAAGUAUGUUUUCUUGAAAAUGUGUGCACAGCAUUUACGUAUAUGACCUAAUCCAAACAAGCUUCCCUAGUCAUGGCGUAGGGAAAAAAAUCUACUAAUCUGGUCACACACAACACAACCUGCCCACUGAACUUUGUGGAUUAUAAAAAACGUGACAACAUGAGUAACUCAGUUUGAAAUAUGUUUUCUUGAAAAUGUGUGCACAGCAUUCACUUAUAUGACCCAAUCCAAACAACCUUCCCUAGUCAUGGCGCAGGAAAGACAAAUCAACUAAUCUGGUCACACAACCUGCCCACUGAACUUUGUGGAUUAUAAAAAACGUGACAACAUGAGUAACUCAGUUUGAAGUAUGUUUUCUUCAAAAUGUGUGCACAGCAUUUACCUAUAUGACCCAAUCCAAACAACCUUCCGUAGUCAUGGUGCAGUGGGAAAAAAUUUACUAAUCUGGUCACAAAUAACACAACCUGCUCACUGAAUUUUGUGGAUUAUUAAAAAAACAUAACAUGAGUAACUCAGUUUGAAGUAUGUUUUCUUGAAAAUGUGUGCACAGCAUUUACCUAUAUGACCCAAUCCAAACAACCUUCCCUAGUCAUGGUGCAGGAAGAAAAAUCUACUAAUCUGGUCACACAUAAAACAACCUGCCCACUGAACUUUGAUGAUGAUUUAAAAAAAUGUAACAAAGCGAGUAUCUUAGUUUGAAGUAUGUUUUCUUGAAAAUGUCUGCACAGCAUUUACCUAUAUGACCCAAUCCAAACAACCUUCCCUAGUCAUGGCGCAGGAAAGAAAAAUCUACUAAUCUGGUCACACAUAACAACCUGCCCACUGAACUUUGUGGAUUAUAAAAAACGUGACAACAUGAGUAACUCAGUUUGAAGUAUGUUUUCUUGAAAAUGUGUGCACAGCAUUUACCUAUAUGACCCAAUCCAAACAACCUUCCCUAGUCAUGGUGCAGUGGGAAAAAAUCUACUAAUCUGGUCACAAAUAACACAACCUGCUCACUGAAUUUUGUGGAUAAUAAAAAACAUCCAAUCAGCAUAAAACCUUAAAAUUACACCCAUUUAAAUCCGUUGCAAGGCAUGAUGGGAAAAAAUGCAAAACACUGUUUAGUUAUCCAAAACUUUAAGGAGGUCGUCACGGACGUAAACAAGGUAGGAGUCAAACUUUUAAUAUUCAAUCAUAAUUAUGUACACAUAAUAUUUAUAUAUUUGUAGGCUAUAUAUAUAUAUUUAUACGUUUUACAAUAUAACAAACAAUUCUGACUUACUAAAGCGUCCCAUGUGUGAUGUCUAUAGGAGUGUUUUCAUGCAUAUUUCUACGUGCUAUUGCAAUGUUAGCGUUCGCUAAUAUGCUAACACAUUUACGAGUGUCUGGUAAUAAAAUUAACUUACAAUGGCAUUGUUUCACUUUCACUAAUUACCGUGAGUCCUUUUAGCUGAUUGGAGAGCUAGCUUGCGCAGCUAGUGGGUCCGUGGCCAUGACUUCUGUUUUGUUUGAUCAGCCGUUUUACCGCCCUGUUUGGAAA